UUGUGGCGCGGAAAUGGACAACUGGCGUUUGCAAUAAUCUGUCAUUGCUAACUACGACCAGCUUUCAUAACUUGUUUUCAUAAACCAGAGUCGGAUCAACCGCUAUCAAUGGAUACCAACAGCAUUGUAUUUUCGCAUACAUUUCCUCGAUAUGAAUGGAUUGUCAAAGUUAAGAACGCUCAUGCCAACUGUGUUGGAUAUGGUAGCUAGUAGUUGCCAUAUUUAGCUGGUCAACACACAUGGAACACAUUUUACAUGGGCAAAUAAUUAACCAACGUUUUAAAAGAAACGUUACAACCCUUCUUCUUGAUAAAACCAUAGACAUGUAUAUAUGUCUAUAUGGAUAAAACUUGCCAUGUGGUGGAGAAGCGCGUGGCCAGCAGUCGGCGUUUUCGGGUUCGUUUCACAGACUUCUCGCGAUGGUUCACGACGCUGUCCUCGCUCUGCGAUACCCACUCGUCCUGGAAACAUGGCGGAGGAAGAGCAGAAUGGAGAUUUUCCAUACUUACCGUCGGGAGCGACGGAGGUUAACAGGAUGAUCAAAGAAAACAGUGACCUGUUUUCGGACACCCAGUGUAAAGUAUGCAACGCGGUCCUCAUUUCAGAAUCGCAAAAACUUGCCCAUUACCAGAGCAAGAAACACGCCAAUAAAGUGCGGCGCUGCAUGACCAUCCACAAAGAGGAAGAGCCCUUGGUGAAGAGGUUCAAAUCGCCCUCCACCGAUGGCGCCAGUGAUAACGGGGCGGUGGACCGGGACAAAGCCUGCCCCGUGUGCAACAUGACCUUCUCCUCGCCGGUGGUCGCAGAGUCUCACUACCAGGGCAAGGUGCACACCAAGAACCUGAAGCUGAAGACCUUCGGCUUCCAGGCCCCAGUGCUGCCCCCCCCUAAGCCCCCCAGCCGGAAGAAGGGGGAGGCGCCGGUCACCUUGGCGACGCAGGGCCCGGCCGAGGGAGACCCCGACCGCUUCUGCUCCAUCUGCCGCGCCUCCUUCAACAACCCCACCAUGGCCCAGCAGCACUACGUCGGCAAGAAGCACAAGAAGCAGCUCACCAAGAUGAAGCUGCUGGAGACCUAUGGGCCCUCCUCCACCCCCGCCUCCACAGUGAAGGGCUACCCCUGCACAGUGUGCAACAUCGAGCUCAACUCUGUAGAGCAGUACCAGGCCCACAUCAGUGGCUCCAAACACAAGAACCAUGUGAGGGGUAAGAAGGGCAACAGCACCUUCUCCAGCCCCCCAGAACCGCUGCAGCCCCCAGUGGAGUACCCCCCUCCCCCAGAGCCUGAGCCAGACUGGGGCACCUUCAACCAGGACUACGAGUGAAGACCCACCAGAACUACAACUACAGACAGGCAGCCCGCUAAAACGACAUCAUCACAGUGUGCCCCGCAAAGACUGAAACUACAGAUCGCACCCCACAGAAUCUACGGAGAGGGGCACUCCACAGGAACUACAUCUACUGAGAGAGGGACCCCACAAAAACUAAACCAACAGGAAGUAGCAGUCUGCCCAUCAGCGAAUACACUACAUCCCCAAAAACCCACUUUCUCUCCCCCUCUCUCUGUCUGUCCAUCCAUCUCUCCCUCUAAAGCAUCGACAAGCUUCUUUUUCUGGACGGUUGUUUGAUAUUGUUUGGUGAUGUUCUGGUGGGGUGGGGGAGCCUAAUGUCUCUGAGGCCCGCAGAGUUUGGACUGAUGACAGGAUGGAUGUGGAGGAACCGCAUCAGUCUGCUGACCGGUCGUGAGAGAGCAAGUGUGAGAGAGAGAGAGACCGACCGACCGGUCGUAAAGAAGGGCAUUAUUCUGGUGCAUCUGCUGCUGUGGAGUGGGAAUCCACAUGAUUGUUCCUGAGUGUUAUAUGUUGUUAUAUAUACAUAUAUAUAUAUAAUUUAUCUCUUUUAUUUAUUUUAUUUUUUAUUUUUUCACCUUUCACGUGAUUUUGCAAAUUGGUUUUUGCAUUGUGGCGUAUGAGUUGAGCCGAUGUUCUCAGAUUUCCUGGUUCCCGGUUCUGGAGUUCUGCUUUUACACUACAGCUCUCCGGUGUUUUUUCGAACGGAGAAAUGAUGCCUUGGUCAUAACUUAAAGUACUGCACCUGCCCUUGAUUUAUUUUUAUUUUAUUUUUACAUAUACUUCAUAUAUGUAAAAAUAAAAUCAUAUCUUUCCCAAAAAUGAAAUUGGGCGAUGCUUAUUUAUGCUUCUGUCUCUGAAGAGCAGCUUCAUCUUCAUUUCAUCUUUUUAUUAUUAUUUUUUGUUUUUUAAAGAACGACUUGACAGUGUCUCACUGGACACUGAGAGGUGCUGAGACCUGAAAUGAAUCUGACUUAUUUUUACUGAUUUCGGUUCAGAAGUCACGCAAUAACGGCUAAACGUUUCCUCUUUCUUCUGUGAGGUAAAAUGUGUGAUGAUGUAGACUCCCCUUCAUCUUGCCUUUGAUCUGACUCUGAUUCAUAGUGUUAGUCUAAUCUUCCUUUGUAAGAAAGCCAAUGUUAAUGAGCAUAUUUGUUCAUGAGAAUGAAGAAUGUUUUAUUUGCUGCGUGUGGUUCAGAAUGAAGUGCUCCUGGCUGCUGAUGAACCAGCAGCUCUUAAUCAGCUGAAGUAAGUUCAGCGGAUGAGUGAAAGUGAGUAAUCGGUGUGAACGCUGAUGGUGGCGUGUCCUCAUGAGAGACAGGCGGGAGAGGCAGAGUUAAGCCUGGCUUCUCAAGAGCUUCAUCUUUCUCCCUGACGUGUCCCCCGAUUUUAGUACUACCCCUCUGAACUGAGGGUACAGAAACACUCUUCAGCUGCUAAGUUAUUGGUCUUAUUUUCUUUUUUGUGGGUUAUGUACUGUACCUAGGAAAUACCUGGAUGUGAGAAGGCCUAGCAGCCUACUUUGUGAACUAAAAUAGUUACAAAUAGCUAAGGCUCCUAGAUUUGUAAUGUUCUGUAUGAUUUGCGGUUUAUAUGCAAACUAAAUGCUUAAUCAGUAUGGUUAAAAUAGCUGUUUGAAAGUGUUGGGAAAGCGUCCUCAAACAUUUGACGUUUGAGACGGUUUUCUUGUGUGCUCGUGGAUGUGAUCAUUCUUCCUGGGGGUUCCCUCUGGGCCGCCGAGCAGAAUAAAUGGAUACGUGCUCGUGGGGGAACAGGAGUGGACACACAUUAAUAUAAUAUGUUAUUUAACAGACAGGGCUGUGUAACGAUGUGUAAAUAACCAAGCCGAAAAGGGCCUGCUCUUUAAAACCUCAUUGUGUUAGUCGAUGUUGUUCUUGACAAGAUUUAUUUUAAAUAUGGUACAUGUCUGCCUAGAGAAAUAUAAUGAAAAUAUACAUCUAGUAAAACAUGUUUUAACAAUG